AUGACCGAUGAAAGCACUGUAAUAGAAGCACAGGAACUGAUGAAAAGUCUUCCCGCAUCAUUCAAUCCGCAAUGCCCAGCUGAGACGUUAAAAGAACUGUUGGCUAAAGCCGAACGACUUCUUCAUCCCAACAACGUCUAUAUCACAAGAUUGCGGACCGCUCUGUUCCAUAUAACCGGAUCGUUGGAACAGAAUAUGGGCUCGAUGCACAAACAGAUUUAUGACAAUUAUAAAUUAUGCUUUCCCAAAGCUGAUCGUCACGUUGGCUACCAACUACUUCACAUAGUUAAGGAUCUUAUCGAGAAGGAUGAACGGGAAGAGGCGAUGAGCUACGCGUUCGAGGCCAUGAAUAUUUUCGAGGUGUGCUUUGGUCUCGAUCAUCCAUACUACCUGCAAACACUGGCACUAUGGACAUUCCUUGAGAAGAAUGCCGAGAAAAACCAAAGAAGAACUCAUCGCCCUCACUCAUUUCUCUGA